GCGUCUGCCUUAGGUCAGUUCAGGUUAUGGAGGACACCUCUGGGGUCAGAGGUCACACAUCUGGAGCUAGCAGUGGUGGUGGGUCCAGAUGUCUAUGAUGUUCAUAGGCAAGACACUGAGAGAUACAUCCUAACCAACCUCAACAUCGCCUCUGAGCUUCUUAGAGAUGUUACUCUCGGUGCCAAUAUAAGAGUUCAUCUUGUCCGUAUGGUCAUUCUCACAGAGCCAAAGCCAGACAUCCAGAUCUCCGAAAACAUCACUUCUUCUCUAAAAAGUGUGUGCGAGUGGGGUCAGAAGGUCAACCCUGAUGCUGACACUGACCCUUUACAUGCAGAUCUGCUGUUAUACAUUACCAGGUUGCAUCUCUUUGACCACAUUAAGUUUGAUUUGGUGUUACCCAAUGGGAAUAAGCUUGUGAGAGGUGUGACACAGCUGGGCGGAGUCUGUUGCUCUCAAUGGAACUGUGUGAUUACAGAGGAUACAGGCUUUAAUCUUGCCAUCACCAUCUCUCAUGAGAUUGGCCACAGUUUUGGCAUAAAUCAUGAUGGAAUAGACAACACAUGCAGCUCCAGUGGGUUUAUGAUGGCAUCUGAUGGAGGUUAUAACAGUGUUGAUCUCACAUGGUCCCAGUGCAGCAGAGCUCAGCUCCCCAACUUCUUCAGUGCUGGGAAGGCAGAGUGUGUGAAGGAUGUGCUGGUGCUGGGCGGUUCAGUGCAGGACAGGAGGCCUGGUCUCUUCUAUGGAGUGGAUGAUCAGUGCCGUAUAGCGUUUGGCAGCUCGGCUACUGCUUGCUCUUUCACUAAUGAUGAUAUGUUGAGUAAGCUAGCAACCUGUCGUGUUUUGUCCUGCCAUAUCAACCCUCGUGACCGCAGCUCAUGCACCUAUUUUCUUGUUCCACUUUUGGACGGGACAGAGUGUGGGCCCAGUCAGUGGUGUUUAAAGGGCCGGUGUGUGUCUCCUUCUACUUUGGGUUCCUCCAUGAUGGUUCACGGCUCAUGGUCUUCAUGGUCUGAAUUCUCUGUCUGCUCAAGAACAUGUGGAGGAGGAAUCACUUACCGCAGGAGACAGUGCAACAACCCCAGGCCAGCCUUUGGUGGUACCGUGUGUAAAGGACAGGACACAGAAGCUGAACUUUGUAAUCAGGAGGUAAUAGGCGCCAAUCGACUGGAGUUCAUGUCUCAGCAGUGCUCAGCCACAGACCAGCAGCCUCUGUCAGUGUCUCCAGACUCCAGCUCAGUCUACACCUGGAUCCCUGCUGUCGGCUACAGCUCAGGUGAUGCUCAGUGUAAACUGAUGUGUCGCUCAUGAGAGCAGGACUUCAUGGUGAGUCGUGGGUCUCAGUUCAUCGAUGAGAUGUGGUGUGAAGCUGCUCAUACUGCACCACGUGGUUCCAUUUCUGCCUGUCUGGGAGGAAAGUGCCAGCUGUUUGGCUGUGAUGGAGUAAUGCAUUCUGGGAAGGUGGAGGAUGUGUGUGGGGUGUGUGGGGGCAAUGGUUUCACCUGUCAGUUCAUCUCAAACACCUAUUCAAGUGGAGAAGCUGGAGAGUAUGUCACAUUCCUCAGUCUUCCUCUGAACGCCUCUCAGGUUCAUGUGAUUAACACAAAGCCGGUUUUUACACACCUUGCGGUGUUGUUAAAUGAUAAAUAUGUGGUGUCUGGAGAUGGAAGCCCAGGCCUGAGCAUCACAUACCCCUCACCUCUGGAGAAGAGCCCCAUAAUCUAUAACCUGUUCCUUACACUGGACCAUCUGCCUCAAAAUGAAGAGCUCACCAUCUCUGGAACAAUCACAGACAAAAUCCACAUACAGUUGGUGUUUCGAAAAUACGGGCAAGAGUAUGGAGACCUUACCACCCCAAACAUCUCAUACCAGUACUACUCUUCUGAAGCUGUUUCACUGGAGAGAGCUGCUGAAGGCAGAUGGUCCACUGUCAUAUCUGCCUUCUCCGUGACCUGCAGCACAGGCAUCCAGAAAAUCAGUCAGCACUGUGUGGAUGGUCUCUCACUCAAGUGUCUGGAAGAUGAGCUCUGUAGUAGUUCACCCCUCAAACACCAGAUCAGCUGCAGCCCUGCUUCCCCCGACUGCCCACCCAGUUGGGAUGUCGGUGAGUUUGGGCCCUGCAGCGCCCCCUGUGGCGUGGGAGAGGGAGUGCGCUCUGUCACAUGUGUUCAGAAGCAGGGUACGGUGAAAGCGGAGCUGCCUGACUCAGACUGUACGCUUGACUCGAAACCUCAAACCACUGAGACCUGCAACCCCCAAAUCUGCCCUGCCAGAUGGCAGGUGUCCGAGCCUGGCGAGUGUUCGGCUGUGUGUGGACCCGGGGAGGCUCAGAGAACAGUGUCGUGUGUCUGCUCCCAUCAUGGAUCUGACUCUGAGGUUGACCAAAACCUGUGCUCUGAACCCAAACCGCCAGAACACGUUCCCUGUGUGGUGGACGUUUGUCCUGUCGGCUGGGAUUCCCAAAGAGAGCUGAUCCGUGCAGACACCCGUGUAAUGCCCCACUCCAGAAUGGCUCCAGUUUAUGUUUGGAGUCCUGUGAUUGGCCAGUGCUCAAAGACCUGUGGGAAUGGAUCUCAGCAGGUUUGGUUCUCCUGUGUGGAUCACCAAUCACGUCUAGAAGUCCCAGAGUUCCUUUGUGAUCGUACCAGUAAACCAGAGAUGUACGCCCAGCCCUGUAGCCUAUCAGUAUGUCCUGCUACGUGGCAGGCGGGAGAGCAGGGUGAGUGUUCGGUGUCGUGCGGGAUGGGUGUAGCUGUGAGGAGUGUGUGAUGUGUUCAGUAUGAAGGAGGAAUAGAGAGGGUUGUGGAGGAGGACCGGUGUGACCCAGGAAACAAGCCUCCCGUCACUGCACCAUGCUUCACACAAGUCUGUUCUUUCCACUGGGACGUGCAUGAAUGGAGUGAGUGCUCAGUGUCAUGUGGCGAUGGGAUCCAGUCUCGGACCGUGUCCUGCAUGGGCCCAUCCAGCCCUCUUCCUGUCAGUCCCUUUCUUUGCUUAAACUUGCCAAAACCCAUCACCAUCCAGGCCUGCUAUAGCCCUGACUGUUCCUCAGCUCAGACCUCCACACCAGAGCCCAGCAGCACUCACAUGCAGUCAGAGCCCCGGAGAGGAGAGGGGACAUGGAGAACCACACCAGCACCAGCUCCAGACAUGAUGAAAAGUACCAUGAGCUCAACAACAGAACCACCACAGACCAGUUUCUGUUGGCAACUCCUGCUUCAAGACUUAGGAACUAUUGAUCUGCGCAACAUCACUCAGGCGAGGUGUAUAUUUGCUAUUGGCUGACCUCUUGAUGAGGUUAUUCAGAUCAAAAUCAUAUCCAGCACUCUAAACUGCCGGCAGAAGGAGAAUAUCGCCCUGUACGACAGACUCAUCCUGAUGCGUCUCUGUGAGAGGAUGACCAGUAAAACACUGAAAUCACGAUCAAAUGUGCUACUGGUGCGUCAGAGCCGCCUGACCCCUGGCAAUGGAGUGCUGCUAUUUUAUCAGAGCAUAAAGAACAAAAAAAGCCACCAUGGAGGGUGUGACGUUCAGCUGUUCUCUCCGUCUGGGCUCAUUGAGAAUCCGAUCAAGAGCGCAGCCACCUCUAACACUCAGAGCUGUCGCGUGUUCAUCGAUGCUCCACCUGCUUUCAGGAUUCAGAUCAGAGCGCUUUCUGUGCUCAACAACACCGAUACAAACUCCACUUACAUACUGAUCCGGGAUGUGGAUGCCUUAAAGACGACCAUCUUCAGAGGGACUCGGCUCUUCCUGUGGAGCUCCUCAGGAAGCAGGGCUGAAGUGGAAUUCCAUGGGAAGUACCAGCAAAUCAAGGGCAUGUUCAGGGCCGAGUAUUCAUACAUUAACCCUUCUGAAAAACAACCAGUGUAGUAGAGAGCUUCUGGUCCAUAAAGAGCCUUGGGGCAUUUAAAAAUCAUCCUCAAUAUAAUUUAGCACAACUGAUUCAGAACAGAUGAUAGGAUUUAUUAACUUUAUAUCAAAGAUAUAAUCAUGUCAGUUUUUAAUAUCAUUUAAAAACUAAAAACAGACAAUUUACUGUUUAUAUAAGUGCUUUUGUAUAUAUAACGCGUCAAGUUUACUGCUAAUCAGCACAAAAUAAAUAACAAUUAUAAUUUUUUUAUAUUUUAGUGAUUCAGAAAAAGUCCAUAUGGCUCUAAAUUGAGCAUAGCAGUCCUACUCACCAUUUGUGAAACUACCGUGGAACUUUUAAAAGUAUACUUUGUUUUUACAUGUGCAUUAGUGUAUGUGCACAGUCGAACGGACAGCCUUUUAAAGUGUAGAAAGCAUGUGCAAACACAUGCACAUGUGCUCUGGAAACAUUCAUCCUCUUGCAGUGUCUGCACUUUUUCUUCCCAAUAGUUAUGAGCAAUAAAAAUGGGUUUAAAGUAGAGUUGCAGGUAUGUUGUAAUGCCCUCACAUAAGCGCUCAUUAAUGUGGGCAUAUAUGUUUUUUGCCACCUUCAGUAGUUUUUUGUCAUUUUUGAGUUAGUAAGGAUUCUUUAUUUGUCACACACAUUUAAUGUCAUGCAAUGUAGGGAAAUGGUUUUCCUCUAGUUUCGCAUCCCACAAUGCAACAAUACAAACCAGU